AUGAGGAGCAAUAGGCAGCUGACACUGGAUUUUCUAUCGCUCUACGCCACGUUGCUGAGUCAUAUCCGCAGUGAUCCGUCACUGAAAAAGGAGUUCCCCACGGAGAAUGGCGACAGUUUCAUUUCAAUAUUGGCUUGGCUGUACACAGAGUUCUCGACUGACAAGAAAAUGUGCCAUGUUAUUGAAGAAAUAUUCUCUUUAAUCGAACAAAUUCGACCUCAUUUUCUUGAGCACGUGGUCAAUUUCAUACUGAUGGAGAUAUGCCGAGUAAGCUUUGCGAAGGAAUCGUGGCCAGCUUUAGUGAGAUUUAUUAUCAUGAUUUGCCGACGACUUCAAAAUGACAAUGUCAGCGACGCCUUUCGUUAUUUUGCUAUUCUGUUAGACGGCGGUGAUACCGACGAUUUUACCAACGAGUCCGAAGUACCAAGAGGUCUUAUUGCUCAUGCUGAAGAAUCACUGGUAAAUUGUGAAUAUGAUAGGGCCAAGGUUAUAACAGAUUGCUUAGGAAAAUGGAAGGAGGAAGCUAGUCUAGAUCGCAGCAUCGCCGAAGUUUUCAAUGAAGCCGAUCGCUCUAGUCGUAUUGCAUGUUGUGCGUUGCGACUGGCUGAAGAGGAAAGAGCUGCUGCAGCUGCUGAAGUAGUUGACGAAGGUCAGGUGAUGCAGAGGAGCGCAUUCAUUCGAGUACUUGAAGACAAGCUGUACGCU